UUGGCCGGCAUUGGAGAGGCGGGGCCGGGCUUUUGACCAAUGGGGAUAGGUCAGGUGAUUCCCCGGUCGUCGGAGGACGGUCGGCGAGGGAGAGAGUGAGAGAUAGCGGGAAGAAAAUGAAUAUCCGCAACGCCCGGCCCGAGGACCUGAUGAACAUGCAGCACUGCAACCUGCUGUGCCUACCGGAGAACUACCAGAUGAAAUACUAUUUCUACCAUGGUCUGUCGUGGCCACAGCUCUCGUACAUUGCAGAGGACGAGAACGGAAAGAUUGUGGGCUAUGUCCUGGCAAAAAUGGAAGAAGAUCCUGACGAUGCCCACGGCCACAUCACCUCCCUGGCGGUGAAGAGAUCCCAUCGGCGACUUGGAUUGGCUCAGAAGCUCAUGGACCAGGCGUCAAGAGCCAUGAUCGAGAAUUUCAACGCUCGCUACGUCUCCCUGCAUGUCCGGAAGAGCAAUCGAGCGGCAUUACACCUGUACUCGAAUACGCUCAACUUCCAGAUCAGCGAGGUGGAGCCCAAGUACUACGCCGAUGGAGAGGACGCGUACGCGAUGAAACGGGACCUGACUCUCAUGGCUGAUGAGUUCAGGAAACAGGCCGACACGAGGGAGAGGCUGAAACCCCUGGUGCUGGCGUCGCUGGAUCACCGGGUCCCGAGCCGGUCGAACCACGUGGUGGAUUGCUGCCGGGACGAGAAGUGCCCGUCCGGGCCCAGGCCCGGGGUCGAGGACAGCGGCGACAGCAAGGAUGUCAGCGAGGUCAGCGAGGCGACGGAGAGCACGGACGUCAAGGACAGCUCAGAGAACUCCGACUCGGCUUCGUAGGCUUCAUCGCCCUCGCCGACAACCCCACCCCUCCUCCUGCGGACAUGGGGGGUGCGGGGGCUCGCAUCGUGCGGUCCCUUUCGCAGCCAUCGGACCCACCGGGCCUCGGCACCGCCCUAUUUGCCGUGCAGAUGCCUGAGAAAUCUUCGUAAAGCAACUGGGCUCCCGGGCACACGGAAUAAAGAGCAUUUGUAACGGA